AUGAAAGGGACAAAUUUGAGCAGCCCAGCAGGUUUUAUCCUCCUUGGCUUUUCUGACCAGCCCCAGCUGGAGAUGGUUCUCUUUCUGGUCAUCUCUGUCAUCCACAUUCUGACACUGAUGGGGAACACAGCCAUCAAACUGGUCUCAUACCUCAACCCCAAACUCUACACACCCAUGUAUUUCUUCCUCUCUAAUUUUGCCUUCCUGGACCUCUGUUUCACAACCAGUAUUGUCCCACAGAUGCUUUGGAAUCUCAAGUUCCCUGAGAAGACCAUUAGCUACACUGGUUGUGUGAUCCAGCUGUAUGUUGCUUUGGGGCUGGGCUCCACAGAAUGUGUCCUCCUGACUGUGAUGGCCUAUGACUGCUUCAGUGCCAUCUGCUGGCCCCUCCACUAUGGCAUAAUCAUGCACCCAAAGCUUCUUCAGCAACUGGGAGCUGUGGCCUGGAUCAGUGGUUUUGUGGAAUCCACAGUUCAGACUGUUCUUGUUUUACAAUUACCUCUCUGCAGCCACCACAGGGUGGAUGACUUUGUGUGUGAGGUGCCUGCCCUGAUGAAAAUCGCCUGUGUGGACACAACCUUCCUGGAAAAUGAGCUCACCAUAGCAGGUGCUCUCUAUGUGAUUACACCUCUGGGGCUUAUUCUGGUCUCCUAUGGUUGCAUUGUUGGAAGUGUGCUGAGGAUAAAAUCUGCUGAAGGCAGGAGGAGAGCAUUUGGGACAUGUGGAUCCCACCUGAUUGUGGUAGUUUUGUUCUUUGGGACUCUAAUUUCUGUCUACAUCCAGCCCAAGAGCAAGUACACACAGAAUCACAGUAAAUUCCUCACUCUCUUCUACACUGUAGUGACACCUUCUCUUAAUCCUUUGAUCUAUACCUUGAGAAAAAAGACAUUAAAAGGGCUCCGAAUAGGCUGCUUAAAAGAGACUCAAGUUAAGCAGAAAUGUGAAACGUACUCUAGCAAUCCCUCAGAUACUGGAUACUUUAGGCAUAGAUUCUCCUUUCAUGUGGGAAGGGACAUCUCAAUCAUCCACAUAAAGGUAUUUCCUUUCAGUGAGGUCCUGUAG